AUGCAUUUAGGAGCCUACAGGACAAGGCAUGGAAAGGUCUCCCCCACCACAAAAACGAAACCACUUCUUCGUUUCAUUGUACUAUGUGUGGCGUGGAUCACUGUUCGUGCGCAGGGGCAAGGCAUAGAUAUUCUUCAUCAACUAGGCCUUGGAGGCAAAGAUGUAAGAUACACGUCAUCAGUGAUGGCUGUGCCGUCAUCCCCACCAUUCCCUCAGGGGGUCCAUUUCACAGAAUGUGGUGUCAUCUUGAAAAAUAAUGCAUUCAUUGAGUCACCUCUCGCGAACAUUUUGCCAGUUAGCUUAAGGCAGCCACUAACAAUACUGAUUGCGUUGCAAUCACGUAAAGCGAACAAUGCCUUUCUCUUCAGCAUUCGGAAUAACAAUCGACUGCAAUUAGGAGUGCAGCUGCUACCUAAGAAACUAAUGGUGCAUGUUGGAGGAAAGCAAUCAGUAACUUUCAACUACAGUGUCCAUGACGAACGAUGGCACGCAUUUGCCAUCACUGUUAGCUACCGAGUUGUCUCCAUGUUUGCUGAAUGUGGAAAGAGAUAUUUCAGUGGAGAGACUCCUUCCGAAGUUCAGACCUUUGACCUUCAUGGUGUGUUUACCUUGGGAAGUAUGAAUAAUAAUUCUGCCCACUUUGAAGGGACGGUGUGCCAGCUGGACAUCAUUCCUUCCACAGCAGCAUCGGCCGACUAUUGCAGAUACGUGAAACAGCAGUGCCCCCCAGCAAACACAUCCCAAGAGGAAACAAUCCUCCCUCACACGGCAGUAACUCCAACCAGACACCCUGAGCACACGCCCUUGCCCAAAGGAGUUGGUGAAACAGAAUUGCCACAGAAGACAUUCACAGAACACACUCCCUUGCCCAAAGCACUUGGUGAAACAGAAGUGCCACAGAAGACAUGCGCAGAUGGCAAAAGCAUUCCAAAUAACAGAAAUAAUAGUUCUGCCACAGUACAUGAAAGCCAAGAGCACCAGACACCAAGGUCUCAUUUGAUUUCUUUCCAUCCAGGAAACAUCUCGGCUGUGACUCUUCCAAACUACAGAGUUCAAGCUCAAGAAAUCACCACUCGGGAAGAGACAGAUUUAAACCUGCCACUGUCCCAUCACCACUCUAAUGAGACCAGAAUGAGUACAGAGGAGAGAUCUAGUCCUCCCUUAGCUGGAUCAGAUGACGUCACCCACCACGAGGAGGAAGCAGCUGGUCUGCCCCUGCCUAAGAAGGCACCAUCUAGGAUUGCACACACGAAGCAAGACACAAUGACUAAUCUCAAGGCUCUCUCAGCCAGUCUACACACCAACGAACUGAUGGAAAUGGAACGGGUUCUAAAUACCACCUUGUACAAAGUGACACAUGGGACCUCUGUGGAAAACCACCUUGAACUAAAGAAGGAAGAUGAACUUUACCCAGAUGCUACUUAUCCCAGUGAAAAUAGCUAUGAAACCCAACUUUAUGGUUAUUAUUAUUACGAGGAUUAUAAUGCAAUGCUUGACAUGGACUAUCUGAGAGGGCCAAAAGGGGAUGCUGGACCUCCCGGUCUCCCUGGUCCGAUGGGAAUCCCAGGUCCACCAGGCAAGAGAGGCCCACGGGGUAUUCCGGGACCCCAUGGAAAUCCUGGGCUACCUGGGUUGCCAGGUCCGAAGGGCCCCAAAGGAGAUCCUGGGUUGUCCCUAGGCCAAGCUGCUUCUGGAGAAAAGGGUGACCAAGGUCCUUUUGGUUUAGUGGGGGCCCCUGGCUUCCAAGGUGAAAAGGGUCUCAAAGGACAUCCAGGCCUCCCCGGACUCCGAGGUGAACAAGGAAUCCCAGGACUCCCUGGUAGCAUUGGCUCACCUGGCUACCCUGGCAGGCAGGGGUUAGCCGGACCAGAAGGUAACCCAGGCCCUAAAGGAGUCCGAGGUUUCAUUGGCUCUCCUGGAGAGGCAGGACAGCCGGGACCUGAAGGAGAAAGGGGCUCUCCUGGGAUCCAUGGGAAGAAGGGUCUGAAGGGAAGACAGGGAUUUCCGGGUGACUUUGGAGACAGAGGCCCUGCCGGUCUGGAUGGCAGUCCUGGGCUUGUAGGUGGCAUUGGACCCCCUGGAUUUCCUGGCAUUAGGGGAAGUGUUGGUCCCGCAGGACCAAUUGGACCUCCAGGAGCUCCUGGCCCAAUGGGCCUUUCAGGAAAUAGAGGACCACCUGGAAUCAAAGGUGAUAAGGGUGAGCAAGGCAUGGCGGGAGAGCCAGGAGAACCUGGGUAUCCUGGAGACAAGGGCACCAUUGGGUCGCCAGGACCGCCAGGGAUAAGAGGAAAGUCAGGACCUUCAGGACAACCAGGUGAUCCAGGACCCCAGGGACCACCUGGCCCUCCAGGACCAGAGGGCUUUCCAGGAGACAUUGGGAUUCCUGGACAAAAUGGACCUGAAGGACCAAAGGGACACCUUGGAAGCAGAGGGGCCCCUGGGCCUCCAGGUCUGAAAGGAGCUCAGGGAGAAGAAGGAUCAAUUGGGCCCUUUGGAGAACUAGGAUCAAGGGGAAAACCAGGUCGAAAAGGGAAUAUGGGUGAACCAGGGCCAGAAGGCUUGAAGGGAGAAAUAGGAGACCAAGGAGAUAUUGGGAAAAUUGGCGAAACAGGUCCUGUUGGUUUGCCUGGAGAAGUAGGGGUAACUGGAAGCAUUGGUGAAAAGGGAGAGCGUGGAAGUCCAGGCCCACUUGGUCCCCAGGGGGAAAAAGGUGUCAUGGGCUACCCAGGUCCUCCUGGGGCUCCAGGACCACUGGGCCCAGUGGGCUUACCUGGUCUUGUUGGGGCAAGAGGUGCACCUGGGAGUCCGGGCCCUAAAGGACAAAGAGGACCCAGAGGACCAGAUGGCCUCCCAGGAGAUCAAGGUGGACAUGGUCCCAAGGGUGAAAAAGGAACUCAAGGAAAAAGAGGGCUUCCAGGUCUUACUGGUAAGGCUGGAAGCCCUGGGGAGAGGGGCGUUCAAGGAAAACCAGGCUUACAAGGAAUCCCUGGCAGCUCAGGAGACAGGGGGCCUGCCGGAGAACCAGGGCCACGAGGACUGCCUGGUAAUGCUGGACUUCCUGGAGAGAUGGGUGUGGAGGGACCUCCAGGCACUGAGGGAGAAUCUGGCCUGCAAGGUGAACCAGGAGCUAAGGGAGAUGUUGGACCUGCUGGAAGUGCUGGAACAGUUGGGGAGCCAGGGUCACGCGGUGAACCAGGAGCUCCUGGAGAAGAAGGUCUCCAAGGAAAAGAUGGAUUAAAGGGGGCUCCUGGAGGAAGAGGACUUCCUGGAGAAGAUGGAGAAAAAGGAGAGAUGGGCUUACCAGGAACAGCAGGGCCCUUGGGUACACCAGGUCCAAUGGGUCUUCCAGGACCUGAAGGAAAUGUGGGAACCCCAGGACAAAGAGGUCGACCAGGGAAAAAGGGUGAUAAAGGACAAAUAGGACCCAUGGGAGAAGUCGGAAGCAGAGGCUCCCCUGGACAAGUUGGGGGAAGCGGCCCUAAAGGUGCCAGAGGAACUAGAGGUGCUGUGGGCCCAUUAGGAUUGAUGGGACCUGAAGGAGAACCAGGGAUCCCAGGAUACAGAGGUCAUCAAGGUCAGCCAGGACCCUCUGGAUUGUCAGGACCUAAAGGAGAAAAGGGCUACCCAGGAGAAGACAGCCAAGUCUUAGGACCUCCUGGGCCCCGAGGUGAACCAGGACCAGUAGGGGAACAAGGAGAGAGAGGAGAGCAUGGUGACGAGGGCUAUAAGGGCCAUGCGGGUGUGCCAGGACUCAGAGGUGCCAGUGGACAACAAGGGCCACCAGGUGAACCCGGCGACCAGGGUGGACACGGACUGAAAGGAGAGAGAGGAUCUGAAGGUCCCAAGGGGAAAAAAGGAGUUCCUGGUCCUUCUGGGAAACCUGGCAUUCCCGGACUUCCAGGUCUUCCUGGACCGAAAGGCUUGCAAGGCUACCAUGGAGUAGACGGCAUGGCAGGAAACCCUGGAAAGCCUGGGAUACUGGGAAAACAAGGGCUUCCGGGUGUCACAGGCAGCCCAGGAAGAGCAGGACUGGCUGGAGCCCCAGGUCCUCGAGGAGGAAAAGGUUCAUCAGGCCCUCCCGGAAGCCCCGGUGUUCCGGGCCCAAAGGGUGAACAAGGGCUACCUGGUCAACCUGGAAUUCCAGGUAAAAGAGGUCAGCGAGGAGCACAAGGUGACCAAGGACUACAUGGAGACCCUGGUCUGAAAGGGCAGCCGGGAGAACAUGGGGACCAAGGGUUGACAGGUUUCCAAGGAUUCCCAGGCCCCAGGGGUCCGGAGGGGGAUGCUGGUAUUGUUGGAAUUGUAGGUCCUAAAGGUCCCACUGGGCAGAGAGGAAACACUGGCCCUCUGGGCAGAGAAGGUAUAAUAGGCCCGACAGGUGGAACUGGACCCAGAGGUGAAAAAGGCUUUAGAGGUGAAACUGGUCCCCAAGGACCAAGAGGACAACCAGGACCUCCUGGUCCACCCGGAGCACCUGGUCCAAGAAGACAAAUGGAUAUCAAUGCUGCUAUUCAAGCCCUGAUUGAAUCAAAUUCUGCCUUGCAGAUGGAGAGUUACCAGAAUACUGAAGUGACUUUAAUCAACCACAGCGCAGAGAUAUUCAAAACCCUGAGCUACCUUAGCAGUUUACUGAGCAGCAUCAAGAAUCCUCUUGGCACACGGGAUAACCCAGCACGGAUCUGCAAGGAUUUGCUCGGCUGUGACCACAAGGUUUCAGAUGGAAAAUACUGGAUUGAUCCAAACCUUGGAUGCUCUUCGGAUGCCUUUGAGGUUUUCUGCAACUUUAGUGCUGGUGGCCAGACAUGUUUAUCUCCUGUUUCUAUGACAAAGCUGGAGUUUGGAGUCGGCAAAGUGCAGAUGAACUUUCUUCAUCUGCUGAGCUCAGAAGCCACCCACACCAUCACCGUUCACUGCCUGAACACCCCGAGGUGGAUAAGCACACAGGCGGGCGCUCCAGGCUUGUCUAUCAGCUUCAAAGGAUGGAAUGGUCAGAUUUUUGAAGAAAACACUCUACUUGAACCUCAAGUCCUCUCAAAUGACUGCAAGAUUCAGGAUGGCAGCUGGCACUCGGCAAAAUUCCUUUUCCACACCCAGAAUCCUAAUCAGCUUCCCGUGACUGAAGUCCAAAGCCUUCCUCAUCUCAGAACUGAGCGAAAGCACUACUUUGAAAGCAGUUCCGUGUGCUUUCUCUGAGGCCUCUGCGGGGGCGCGGAAGCUGGGCUGCUGCUCAGGUAAUUGCAGAGGGAGAAGUGUAGACAGAAACGUGUGUCGUUAUGAAAUGUGCGAGGAAAAAGACGAGCUAAAUCUUCAGAACUCUCAGGAAGAAAAGAUUUCCUCCUAAGGAGAAACGGCAUUUUUUUUAAAGGACUAUGAUAAUGUAUUUAAUUCUCU